GACUGCGGAGCAAACGCAGCUUAAUCCCAGCCCGCCGAUCCCAGGGGAUGCUCUCAAGCAGCCGCCUUGGCGGAGGCAGAGCUUAACGCCGCGGAAAGAUGAAUGGGAGGCCGGAGUCUGGCUAGAGUAGCCGGUACCAUUUGCUUCGCCGGGAGGGUGCGGAGACGAAGCGAGCCUCCUCCCCCCAGCCUGCCUGGUCAGGUGGUUCCGUCCAGGUGGCUGCAGGAAACCGCUUCCAAAGCGGAGCUGAAACCGUGCAAUCAAAGCCGUUUCUCCGGCAGCUUAAAGGUCGGAGGAGCGGUUGAUUUUUUUCCGACCAACGCCAAUCUGCGAGGGACCAUGAGUGAUGGCGACAAGAACCCCGCCAGCACCCCAACCCCGGUCACUGACGUGCAAGGGGAUGGAAGAUGGAUGUCGCUGCACCACCGUUUCAUUGCUGACAGUAAAGACAAGGAGCCCGAGGUCGUCUUUAUUGGGGAUUCACUAGUACAGCUGCUGCACCAAUUUGAGAUUUGGAGGGAGCUUUUCUCCCCCUUGCAUGCUCUCAACUUUGGCAUGGGGGGCGAUGCCACUCAGCACGUGCUCUGGCGCCUGCAGAAUGGGGAAUUACAGCACAUCCGUCCCAAGGUAACAGGCUGGAAGCUGAUGAAGCAGCCGUCAAACCCGAUUGUGGUCCUCUGGGUGGGCACCAAUAACCAUGGACACACUGCAGAACAGGUGGCUGCUGGCAUAGAAUCCAUCGUGUGCGUCAUCAAUCAGCAACAGCCACAGGCGCGUGUGGUUGUAUUGGGCUUGUUGCCACGGGGCAAAAACCCCAACCCGUUACGGGAGAAGAACAGAAGGGUGAACGAACUGCUUGAGAGCAAGGUGCCGCUGCUGCCAAAUGCCUCCUUCCUCAACAUUGACCCAGGCUUUGUGCAUUCAGAUGGGACUAUAAGUCAUCAUGACAUGUAUGACUACCUCCACCUGACCCGCAACGGGUAUGCCAGACUCUGCCCCGGACUGCACCGCUUGCUGCUGUGCCUCCUGGGAGAAUGCCACGCCCAAGCACCUUGAUGGAUGCCAUCCGUCACGCCCCAGAUGCUCUCCAUUGGCUUGAGUGACUGCUGGGGGCUUAGAAGCUAGAAUGCUGGUGACUCUCUCCGGGCAGUAAAUGCAGUUUCCCACAGCAGUCCUCUGCCUUCAUCUGCCUGGUAUUCGGUGCUGGAUACUCGUUCGCUAACUCCAUGAGCCUCAGUGUAGGUUGUUUAGAGUACAAAAUUAUUAUGAGGGAUGGGGAUGAACAGCAUGUUGACCUGCAGCUGCCAAAAAGUUUGGCACAAGACAAGUUAAUGGGAACUUGUCUAUUUUUAUGUAAUAAAAGUAACUGCUUAAAAUGUA